GCCCACCUUUAGCAGAAGUACUAGGACGGGGAUUCCAAUUCACCAAGCACAGAAAUUGCUCUCCUGCAAAAAAUCAAUCACCCUGAAGGGGAACACAUAACAUGCCCAAGAAGUACGCCCUCGUGGGCACCGGCGGCCGCGCCAUCUUCUUCUACACAGCAAUCAUCAAAGACUUCCCCAAAACCGCACAACUCGUCGCAUUCUGCGACACGAACCAAACCCGCCUCGACUAUGCAAACUCCAAGCUCGAAGCCCUCAACCACCCACGAAUCCCCACAUACCUAGCCGCCGACUUUGACAAAAUGAUCGCCGAAACCAAACCCGACGAAAUCAUCAUCACAACCAUCGACCGCACCCACAACAUUUAUAUCACGCGCGCCCUCAAUGCCGGCUGCAAUGUGAUUACCGAGAAACCCAUGACCAUCGACGCACCGCGGUGCAGGGAGAUCUUCGAUGCCGUCGAGCGGACGGGGAAACAAGUUCGUGUCACCUUCAACUACAGAUACGCGCCGCACAACACCAAGAUCUACGAACUCCUCUCCUCGGGUGCAAUCGGCGAAGUGAACUCCGUCCACUUCGAGUGGCUUCUCAACACGCAGCACGGCGCAGACUACUUCCGGCGCUGGCACCGCGAUAAGCGGAACAGCGGCGGGUUACUCGUGCACAAAUCCACGCACCACUUCGAUCUCGUCAACUUCUGGCUACGCAGUCGGCCUGAGACGGUCGUCGCAAUGGGCGAUUUACGCUUCUACGGCCGUGAGAAUGCCGAGAGGCGCGGAGAGACGAAAUUCUACUCCCGGGCCUUUGGAAGCGACGUCGCGAAGGAGGACCCCUUCGCUUUACAUCUUGACCAGAACCCGCAGCUCAAGGCCAUGUACCUGGACGCGGAGCACGAGGACGCAUACUACCGCGACCAAUCCGUCUUCGGCGACGGGAUUAGCAUCGAGGAUACGAUGGGGGUCAUGGUUCGGUACCGCAAUAAGGCUGUGCUUACGUACUCCCUGACCGCGUAUGCACCCUGGGAAGGGUUCAGGGUUAUGUUCAAUGGGAGCAAGGGCCGGCUCGAGGUUGAAGUUGUCGAACAGUCGUAUGUGAACUCCGGCGGCGAGCAGUCGCUGGAAGGUGCCCUGGAAUCGAGAUCGAUAUUGCUGCGUCCGCACUUUGGGAAGCCCGUUGAGAUUGAGAUUCCCGAGGGGAGUGGUGGGCAUGGCGGUGGGGAUCCGGAGCUGUUGAACGAUCUCUUCGGGGAAGUUAAAGGGAGUGAUCCGUACCGGAGGGCUGCAAGCCAUGUUGAUGGUGCUCUUUCUAUCUUGACUGGGAUAUGUGCUAAUGAGAGUAUCAAGACGGGGCGGGUUGUUCGCGUUGAUGAUAUUUUAAGAAUUGAUUAA